AUGGAAGAAUAUAUCGAGGCAGGUUCGAAAUUAAGCCUGAAGGAGGAGGCUUUGCAAACGUAUGUGCAGCAGGCACUGGAGAGGGAGGAGAGAGCCAAGGAAAGAGAAAUGCAAAAGUUGAAGUUAGAAGCCGAAAAGAGAGAGAAGGAACGACAGGUAGAGAUGGAGAAACUGAAGUUAGAAGCUGAGAAGCUCAAGUUAGAAGCUGAAGAGAAAGAGAAGGAACGGCAGGUCGAGAUAGAGAAGCAGAAGUUAGAAGCUGAAGAGAAAGAGAAGGAACGGCAGGUCGAGAUAGAGAAGCAGAAGUUAGAAGCUGAAGAGAAAGAGAAGGAACGGCAGGUAGAGAUAGAGAAGCUGAAGCUACAAGCUGAGGAAAAAGAGAGAGAAAGGCAGGAGAAGGAAGCGGAACGGCGACAUCAGCUGGAGAUGAGACAGCUGGGGCCGGAGGGGGGUGCAGCCGCAGAAACGGAAAGUGUUCGGGCUAAGAUACCCAAGCUUCCAGCCUUCGAGGAUGGCAAGGACGACCUCGAUGCCUUUCUACAGAGGUUCGCAACCUCCAACGGCUGGAAGGAGACAACGUGGGCCUCCACCUUAAGUGCUUUGCUCACUGGAACGGCACUGCAAGUAUAUUCUCGGCUUAGCGACCAUGAAGCCCGGGAUUAUAACAAGGUGAAGGAGGCACAUAUGAAGCGCUACAAUCUUACAGAAGAUGGAUUUCGCGCCAAGUUUCGUCACAACCAACCAGAAAAGGGGGAGAGUCCGGAACAGUUUCUGGUGCGACUGACCAAGUACCUUGACCGAUGGGUAGAUUUGUCCAAGACAACCAGGGACUAUGAGUCCAUCCAGGACAUGUUCGUCAGGGAACAAUUCAUGGAGGCAUGUCCCACGGACUUGGCCACUCACCUACGAGAGCGAGCCCCGCAGUCCAUGAAAGAGAUGGCAGAGAUGGCGCAGCACUUCCUAGAGGCUCAUAGGCGGGAACUGGCAACCCGGGUGGACAUGGUGGAAGUUCAAAAUCCCGGAGAUGCCCGCGUUGUCAAGAGGUGUUACAACUGCAACAGCCCGGAGCACUUGGCCAGGGCCUGCCCGCAAGUGAGACAACUGAUGGAGCCGUCCCAAGGGACCUCAUUAUACGCCAACAACGGAAAAGUGACAGGGUACGAGUAUGAAGGGGAAGUCGAGGGAACACCCGUGACUAUGUUGUUAGACACGGGAAGUACGCAGACAUUUGUCCACAAUGACUUGGUCCACCCUAUGAAGAUCAAUGCAGAUGCUCAGGGCGGGAUAAAGUGCAUCCUUGGGGAUAUACAAAACUAUCCGACCGCAAAAGUCGCUAUCAAGGUGGGGAAUACAACCUAUGCGGUAAAGGCCAAAGUGAGCCAAAACCUGCCAAGACCUGUCAUCCUCGGACGUGACAUCCCGAACUUGGCCAAGCUGGUACAGACAGCUCCAACGCAUAAGUUCGGUCAGGGACCCACCUCCGCAGGAGACGGGAGGAUAGCCUCCAAUAACGGACCAGCAUUCGGUCGCCAUGGUGACGGAGGAGGUCGCGGUGGUUACAGACGUGACGGGGACUACGACAGGAGCAACCGUGGAUUCAGAUCGAGCCAGUACAGUUACGAUGGUCGUGGCAGAUCGUAUGGGGAGAGCCAGCGUGGCUUUGGCCCAGGGUAUCGCGACAUCCACAACCAUGGAGGCGGCCAGGGGCCGAAGAGCAGGAAAAGAUAUGGCCCGCCUGUCCGCACUAACUACCGUCUGAUUGUGGAGAACUUGUCCAGUCGCUGUAGCUGGCAGAACUUGAAGGAUUACAUGCGGCAAGCUGGAGAAGUCACCUUUGCUGAUGUGCACAAGCAGAACAGGAAUGAGGGGAUUGUGGAAUUCACCACCUACCGAGACAUGGAGAAUGCCCGGCGUAAGCUUGACGGGACUGAAAUCUAUGGUUGUGAGAUCAAACUGGUGGAGUCUAAGCCUGCAUGGAGCACUACCGAUAUAUUGAAAGACCUUUAUUGUUUCUAG